AUGUCGAGAAGCUGUGCGGUGUGCGGGAUUGGUGGUGUGAAGUUGUGUGGUAGAUGCAAAGAUCGUUGCUACUGCAGCGUUGAGUGUCAGCGAGCGGACUGGAAGACCCACAAGACAUCUUGUUGCAAGAACAUCUGCCAACAACCUGAUGUUCUCGGGAAGAGCUUUGAUCCAUUUGAUCCUGCUGAGAUGUUUGCGGAACAGCACCUUUGUCAAUUUGUUCCGCUGAUAGAUGGGAAGGGUGCUGGCGUGGUUGCAAAAACCUUCAUCCCGGCCGGUGAGAUCAUUGUGCAGGACCAGCCUCUCAUGUACAUUGAUGAAAAGGAGCUUGGUGUCUCAGACAUUUGGUCUUCCCCCAUGACAGCAAAAGUUGAUCGAAGACAUGCUCUUGUCAAAGAGAAAUUUCAGCAGCUUUCUGAGAAGGAUCAAGCCAAGGUGCUUUCCCUCGAGGACUCCCAGACCAACAACAAGCUGGCACGUGCAAUCGUGGAUAGAGGGUAUGCAGAUGGUAGUAUCAAGUCACCCUGGGAAAAACUCUACACACGGUCUUCAGUUCCGUCAACAUCCAUUCCAGAAAUACAAGAUCCAGGGUACAAGAGUGCAGAAGGAAUCUUCCAGACCAAUGGCCUCCCAGUAGGAAAUUCAAACUCCUUGGGUUUAUUUCCACUGAUCAGCAGAUUCAACCACAGCGCCCCAACGCUGGCUACCGCGGACAUCCCGAGAAGAAGUUACAAGUUGUGCAGGCCAUGA